AAUAUGGCGAUACCCAGUGUACACAUGGUUGUGUAGACGUUUUAGUUUCCCUUAAAUCAACAAGAAGCUCUCACUUACAGAAAGUAAUUUUAGGUUUUAGUGUCAGAGUGUGGUACAACACAGGAGCCCAACACAAGGAGGGGUUCCGGGCAGCAGGUCUUAAUGCUUCGACGCCUGUCGGCUUCUCUGAGUAGAAUUAUCCGAAAAACAAGAAAUAUGGAAGAAGCUCUCGACCUCAGUAAACAUGCUACCCGAGAGCAGGGUAUGGAGAAGAGGCCUUUGGAGAAGGUUGAGGAAGACAGCCCUGAAGAAGAACCUGCACAGAAGAAAUCUAAACAAGAGCAAGUUGCUCCGAUGCAGGGUCGAGCUGACCGGAAGAGGAAGGUGGCCAUGCUGCUGGCUUACUGUGGCAAGGGUUACUAUGGCAUACAAAGAAACAGAGGAUUUAACACCAUCGAGGAAGAAUUACUGACAGCCCUACUCAAGAAUGAGCUCAUUCCACAGGAACACUUUGACUGUCCACAGAAGAUGUCCUUCCAGAGAGCAGCCCGAACAGACAAGGGUGUCAGCGCCGUAGGGAAUGUGGUGUCGUUGAAGAUGCUGCUCAAUCAAGACACUUUAGUGGACAACAUCAAUGCGAGCCUGCCGCCACAGAUCAGGGUUAUUGCAUACAGGAGAGCAACAAAAGCCUUCAAUAGUAAAAACCAGUGUGGUGGCCGAACAUAUGCCUACAUGACACCAACGUACGCGUUUGCACCACUCAAGAAGUUCAUAACCGCAGAAUACAGAAUCACAGAUGAUAUUAUCAAAGAGGUCAACAGAAUUCUUACGAUGUACAAGGGAACUCACAACUUCCACAACUUUACCUCUGGCAUAAAACCAAAUGAUCCUAGCGCCAAGAGAUAUAUCAUUAGUUUUGAGUGUGGCCAGCCUUUUGUAACGGAGGGCAUCGAGUUUGUUAUCUUGAGGGUCAAAGGGCAAAGCUUCAUGCUUCAUCAUAUACGGAAGAUGAUCGGACUGAUGAUAGCCAUAGUGAAGGGCUACUGUGGUGAGGAGGUGAUGGACAAGGCGUGGCAGCCGGACAAGGUAGAUGUCCCCAAGGCCCCAGGAGUUGGUCUGAUGCUGGAGCAGCUCCAUUACGACGGCUACAACAAGAGGUUCGGUAAAGAUGGAAUGCAUGAAGCUUUGGACUGGUCGGAAUACGAGGAAGUGCUGGAAAAAUUCAAGAAAGAGCAUAUUCUUUCCCACAUCGUCCAGUCUGAGAAAGAAGAAAGUGUUAUGUUGAAGUGGCUUGGGACGUUGCACUUCCACAAGUUUGACAUCAAAGACGAGGAGGUGCCGCGGUGGAAAAUGUUCAAAAUAUAUGGUGAUCUCAAGAAGGAGACAGAGGGCAAGAAUCAAGAUGGUAACAGGGAUUCGUCCGAUUCUACGGACUGUACUGAUAGCGGAACCACAGAGAAGAAGGAUGACACCGUAGCAGCUGGGGAUGCUGAAGUCAUCACAGAGGACGACUCAGAGACGAUCAAAUCACGUGGAACCAAACCUGAUGAAACUGUAUCAGAGGAUAAAUCUGAGACCAAGCCGGAUGUGAAACCUGAUAGUACAGAACCAAUGACAGACUCCGCACUCUCAGAGCUGUGGCGAAAAGGUAGCCACCAGUUCUGACAGCGCCGUCCAGAGCUGAUGAUUCAGCCUCGACAGAGAGGCAGAACUAUCACUGAGAUCUUUUUAAUAAAAAGGAAGAUUUAUGAAACUCCAUGAUACAUUAUCAAGGUAUAAAAUUAUACCCUCAUUUAAUAAUUAUAAAUACCCUGGAUCAAGGCUUCUGAAGUGACAACAUCUCAAUCUCUCGUCACUGUCUUCACUUGUUUUGAGUUAUUGCAGGGGCUGUGGGGUAGCCUAGUGGUUAAAGUGUUCGCUCGUCAUGCUGAAGACCCCAGUUCAAUUCUCCACAUGGGUACAAUGUGUGAAGCCCAUUUCUGGUGUCCCCAUCACGAUAUUGCUGGAAUAUUGCUAAAAGCGGCGUAAAAUCAUACUCAUUCACUGUUUGGAGUUGUUGCUCUUGUUAUCUAAGUGGAGCUUAAAAAGAAGCCAUGGUAACAUCAGGAUCCAGGGUAGUUAUAGAGAUGUUACCCUGCAUCAUCGAGGAUGAGCAUAAAAUCCAUUUUCACUCAGUUUUAGUGAUGGGUAACGAAACUAUACACAGACAAUACGAAACGACCUCCUGUGGAAAACUAUUUUUAUUAAAUGACUUGAUUUGGUGUACUUAAUCUUUCACAAGUUUAAUAAAAAUGGUAUUUUACGGAA